UCAAAGAAUUUGAGGGAGCACAAAGGACCUGGAAGAGUUCAAAGGAGGUGGAGGAAGAGUGAUUGGAAGCAAUGCCGUGACCAAAUAGAAGCUUGCUGACAGAACACAGUGGCUCAUGCAAUAUACGAUUUUCUGCUUAUAUUCCUCUGUUUGUUUGAAUUCCUUGGAGCCAACCAUGGAAGUUGUUGGACUUGUCUCAAGGAUCAUAGGCGUGUGUUGCCCUGUGCAUGAAGUAAUUGAAAAAGAUUAUAAACAAUUGAGAACAUCAAAGAGGAGUAUUCAGCGGCUGAAUAUUUUGAUGCAAUUUUGAUGCAACAGUUGGGUGCUCGUAAAAAAGAUGUUGAAAAUAAAGGAAACCAGUUGUGGCAUCUAAAAGGGGCAGAGCCAACAAAUGGAUCUAAUUUAUGGUUUGAGCAAGUUGAGCAGAUAAAAACAGAAGCUAGCAGCCUUAUGGAUGAAAAUGGCCCGCACAUGCCCACUAAAGGAUGCUGUUUCAUUUGUUCAAGAGUCAAGUUGGCGAAACUUAUUGAGGAGAAGAUCAGAGAUAUUCCUAAACUUCUAGGGAAUCUUCCACGUUUAGAGGAUCCAAUUGCUAUUCCUGUAAACAAGAGGUGAUGUUUUGUCUGCACCACCAAUGAUGGAACAUGAAACUCAUAAACAGAUCUUUAUAAAGACUUGGGGAUUCCUACAUGAUAAAAAUGCCAAAAAGAUUGGUGUUUGGGGGAUGGGAGGAGCAGGAAAAACAACUAUCAUGUCAGAGAUUAACAAUCGCCCAGUGAAAGGAAGUAGUCAAUUCAAUUGCAUUAUUUGGGUGGAAAUGUCAAAGGAUCUAAAGAAGGUGCAGCAAGAUAUAGCUGUGAAGUUGGGUUUGACUUUUCAAGAGGCUGAUGAUACAAGAGCAAGAGUUUCAAAAUUGUUAGAAGCUUUUAAUAGGAAGAAGACAUUUGCACUGAUUUUGGACGACGUUGGGAACCAUUCUCUAUUGAAGAAGUUGGAAUUCAUGUGCUAAUAGUAGAGAAUGAUUGUAAAUUAGUGAUAAUAACCCGAAGCCUUAAAGUGUGCAGAGUGAUGGAAACAGACAAGGAUGUUGAAGUGAAAGUUAUUUUAGAGGAUGAAGCAUGGAAUCUCUCCAGGGAAAAAGUUAGGGAACUUGUGCUAUCAGAUCCAAAUGUACAAUCAAUUGCAAUGGAUGUGGCAAAAGAAUGUGGUGGUUUACUUGUAGCUACUGUUGUAGUUGGACGUGCAUUGAGAAACACAACUAAUAGUCUAAUAUAAGAGAGUGGAAGAAUGCAUUAGAAGAGUUAAGAACUUCAAGUACUGGUAUAUACAAUAUUGAUGAAGUAGUAUGUUCUCGUUUUAAGUUAAGCUAUUCAAAACUAAAGGAUAAUACAAGGAGAUCUGGCUUUCUGUUUUGUGCUCUUUACCCAAAAGGUCAUCUAAUUGAUGAGAAUGAAUUGAUUAAUUAUUGGGUGUGGGGAGAUUUAUUGGGUGAUGUAACUAUACCUGCAAAGAGACGAAAGGGGGAACAAUUAGAGAUGAAUUAAUAGCUGCUUGCAUGUUGGAAUUAAAGAUUGAGAAUGGGGUGAGAUGUGUCAAACUGUAUGAUUUGGUAAGAGAUAUGGCCAUCACAAUCAUGAGUACAAAGCCUAGAUGCAAUGUGAAUACUAGCACGGGACAAGUAAAACCACCACUACCUCACGAAUGGAAAGAAGAUAUUCAAUGCGUGUCAUUGAUGAGAAAUGAUGUGAAAUCUAUAAGUCCCGGAUGUCCUGCACUUACUUCUUUGUUACUUUAGUACAAUUCAUUUGAAACAAAUAUAUUGGAUCACUUCUUUGACUAUAUGCAAGGGCUAAAAGUUCUUGAUCUCUCCUAUACUGGGAUUAUUGCUCUACCUAUGUCUCUUUUGAAUUUGAAAAAUCUAUGUGCCUUGAUAUGUAGCCACUGUUGGAAUCUUGUUGAAGUUCCAUCUUUAGCAAGGCUUACUGAAUUGAAGUAUUGAGAUUUUUCAUUUCCUAGACGUUUAACAGAACUCCCAGAAGGGAUGGAACAAUUGAUCAAUUUGGGACACCUAGAUUUCUCCUUCACGUCGAUCCAAAACUUAAGAGCUGCAGUCAUAACUAACUUCACUCUCCUGGAGGACUGGUUGAUUCUAGGUUCGCCUAUGAUUGGGGUAUUAUAUAAGGAUACGGAACUUUGCUUGUAUCCAGUUAGAGUUGAAGAAAUCGCAUCCUAUCAUACGUUGUCUCUUUUACACAUGGAACUACAUGGACUUGGAGCUUGUAAAAUAAUUCUUAAAUGUGUCAAGUAUUCUCAAUUGAGGGAGUUUAAGCUUGUUUUCAAGGUGACAUUCCAGAAUUAUCUGAGAAAACUAGUUUAGCAAUAGAUAUGAGAUGUGCAGUAGAGAAUCUUUCAGAAGCCGAGAUUACUGAAUUAAUUGCAAGAAAUGUUACGGAGUUUGUAAUUCAUAAUUCAUAUGAUAUGAUCAAACGCUUGUCUUUGCACUUGUCGGUUGCAAUGUGCUUGAAAACUUGCAAUUUAAGUACUUGUUUGGACAUGGAAUGCAUUCUGGAAUCUGAGGAGAACAACUUCUCCCUGCUAAAGACAAUGAAUCUCUUUAUUUUGCAAAAAUUGAGGAUGAUUUGCGGGGAAGUUGUGAAACCACGUACUCUAAUGAACCUGAGGAGUAUUCAUGUGGAAGCAUGUUCAUCACUGAAAUGUCUGUUCCAAAAGCAGCUCAUGCUGGAACGUAAAAGUCUUGAAGAAAUUACCAUCGUUCAUUGCCUGGGAAUGGAAGAAAUUAUUGAAGGAGAGAGGAAUACAAACGCUGAAGAUAGCGGCCAUGCAGCCAAACUGAUGCUCCCAAAAUUGCAGAGCUUGAAAUUGCUUUAUUUGCGAAACCUGAAAAGAAUAUACAAUGGGCACAUUCAAUGUGAUUCUCUACGCACCUUUGAGGUCUGUGACUGCAUAGCUCUAACUAAAUUGCCUCUUGGUCUGUUUGGAGUAGAGACAGGUCAGCAAAUGUCACCAUCAUCUGCUCUUGAACAAAUAAGGUGUGAUGAACAAUGGUGGGAAUCACUUCAGUGGGACCAACCCCAAGCUAAGCAUCUCCUUCAACCGUGCUUUGUCAAUCCCCAUAGCAGCAGGGACAGGUUUGCUCCAAGCAACAGUAAUACAGCGUGAAGGAGUUAAUGUUGAAGUUUGUAUAAUAUUUGAUAUGAAGAAAAGGAAAUAUCGUGUGCGCCCCUGUUAUUGGAGUGUUGGGUUGUUUUUUCCAAAUUUAU